AACUAAUUAAUAUGAUUGCAAUUUUUUUUUUACAUGGAGUAUUUCUACAUCUAAGUCUGUCUUUGAAAUAAAAGAUGUGAGCUGCAAAGAAAUCAUGAGAACAACAAUGGAUCGCAUAGCUCCCAUAUUUCUCUUUUUAUUGUUGAUUAUUGAUACAUCCACUGCAAUUGACACCAUAAACACAACUCAAUCCAUUAGAGAUGGUGAUACUAUUCUUUCAGCUAAUGGAGCCUAUGAGUUGGGAUUUUUUAGCCCGGGGAAUUCUGCAAACCGAUACUUGGGGGUAUGGUAUGCUAAAAUAUCUGUGAUGACUGUAGUUUGGGUUGCCAACAGAGAAACCCCACUUAAUGAUUCAUCAGGUGUUUUAAGGCUUACCAACCAAGGAAUUCUCGUCCUUUCAAAUCGGAACGGGAGCAUAGUUUGGUCUUCCGACUCAUCGCGACCUGCGACUAAUCCAGCCGCUCAACUUUUGGAUUCAGGAAACCUUGUUGUGAAGGAGGAGGGUGAUGAUAACCUGGAAAGCUCCUUGUGGCAGAGUUUUGAACAUCCAGCUGAUACAUUAUUGCCUGAAAUGAAGCUAGGACGGAAUAGAAUAACAGGGAUGGACUCUUACAUUACAUCCUGGAAGUCACCGGAUGAUCCUUCAAGAGGUAAUGUUUCAGUAAUUCUUGUUCCUUAUGGAUAUCCUGAGAUAAUUGUGGUGGAGAAUUCAAUUGUUAAGCACCGGUCUGGACCGUGGAAUGGUCUGAGGUUCAGUGGCAUGCCUCAAUCAAAACCAAAUCCCAAAUCCCAAAUACUCAAUUGAAUUUGUU